ACGUAAAAUGUAAACAUGUCAGAGUUAAAUCGUAUUUUUAGUGAUUUAAGAGUGUAUUAUGUACCGCACUUGCAGUGGGUGGAUGUAGAGGAUUGGCUAUAUGGCGAGGAAGCCGAGGACAAUGCUUUGCAGGAGCGGGCACAGAAGUUUUGGUCGCUGACCAUGUGCAAACAGGACAUUGGCCACCAAGAGACGCAGCUACAGUUGCUCCGGGAUUUAUCUGGCGUUAUACGCUCUAUGAGGGACGAGAACCAGGCCAGCUAUAGCAACACCCAUGAUAACUGGGCCAAUAUCAUCGGGGUUUCCCCGGCAAAUGCGUACCUAUCUUACAUCUACUCCCUUGUAAGCCUGGUCAUUCCGCCAGAUCAUGUACGGCAGGCUGCUCCGCAGGUCCUGAAUGAGAACGUAAAUCUCCAGUUGGCCCUUAAUGCUGUGAGCACAUAUCUCCUAACCUUGACCAUUCCUGGAGCCAAGAGCUAUGGCAUCUUUGAUGAGGAUGUGAUCGAACAGGUUCUGAAAAUCUUUAGGCUUUUGGAACUGAAUAACAACAAAAGUCUGCGAGCAAACACAGUCUGGAUGUUCUUCCUUACCAUCUGCGAUGACUUGAAAGUGGUCUUUCGCUAUGUGCAUUUUAAGGAACAUCUGAAGCCGAGGGACAAAAUUAUUCGAUGCCUCAUGGAGGUGCUCUACAUGAACUUUAAAGUUGGAUAUCAAAAUUCAUGUGCUCCAGCAUUGCAUGCCAAAUGCUUUGAGCUCUUUGGAGAAAUAGCCAACGAACACAAUGGCGAUGUCUACGAAACCCUUCAUCUGAUAAUGCGGCAAACCUUUCCCAUGCAUGUUUACACGGAUAGUCCGCAUAGCAUUGGAGCUGGUCGGCGAGGCCCGAUGCAGAACGGGGAGCAUAUAUCGGAUUGGUUUAUCCAGCUUAUGGAUAGGUAUCCCGACAUUCUCAUCCGUAUCCUGCAUUUCUACAUUGAGUGUGUAGUUUCCAAUCCCAUUAAAGCGUGGAAAAGCAAUGAUGAGAAGGUUGCUAUAGGAUAUGCAGCCAAAUACGACCGGAUUCUGUUCGCCAAGUGCAAUAAAUCCUGUGCAGACUUCGUAUUAGAGGCUGUAAAAGCGGAUGAUGCUGUGGGUAUUCAAACUCGUGCCUUGGAUCUGAUUGAAAAGAUCCUCAUGCAGCAAAGCGAAGUCGAGUGGAGCAUUUUCCGGUACGAUGUGUCCAAGGUGCCGAGGGAAGUUCCAAUUUUGAGGGAGGUGAUCCGAUGUCUCAACGAUCGCACAUUCACUGUCCGCCGAAAAGCAUGUCAAGUGCUCGUCCUUGCUCUUAAGCAAGGAUCCCCCAUGACGGCAAAAAUUCUGGACGAGAGCAUUCGUUUUGUGCAGUUUGAUGAUGCGGAUGUGGAGGCACUAAAUGAACCAUCGGUUGAGCAAAAUGAGCUGCGUUUCGAGAAGCCGGGGAUUGUCCAAUACGCCUUCAGUUUUGAGGGUCAUGAGGAAUUGGAGCAAGAGGUCAAGAAUAUCCCUCAAACGGUGUAUCAACGAUUUCUGGCCGCCGAUAAUGGUCUAGCUAGAUCUGCGGGCCUUGCUUUACUCGAAAGAUUGGUUCUGGUAAAUCCGCUAAUCAUUUACAACACAAAUUUCGUGAGGGAAAUCUCUUUGCUAGCUGUGGAUCGACUGGCUUCGGUUAGGAAAUCUGCGCUGGAAACCAUAGAAACCCUGCUGGAGGAAUACUCCAAUUGUUUUGCCUUGAUUUGUGUUUACUGCCGGAUUUGGGCUUGCUUAAUGAGCGAUGAGGAUGUGGCUCUUCAAAAACUUGCUAUAAUGAGCUUUGAUCGAAUGGUUUUGAAAAAUAUUCAACCACUGGAGUAUUCAAAUGCGCCAAAACAUUUUAUGCCCUGGCGAAUCAUUAGCACUUUGCUUAUGACUCAACCUAGAGCUUAUUUGCAAGAAAGAUUUGCGGUGCUACUGGAACGAGAAUCUAUUGUAACGCCCAAACUCGUGAAUGUUAUAAUCUCACAUUUAUCCACAUCUAUGGCCACGGAUGCCUGGGGAUUGCUGCUGCUUCUUUCCAGUCGCAUAACCAACAAUAUGGACGCACUUAUCGGCAUCUUCAAUGGACUCUCUUCCUACAACAUGAAGUCCAACCAAUUUUUGGCCCUGCAGCUUAUCAUUGGUUGUCUGAACAACUUUUCCAAGCCAGCACUAAAUCAAAUAUUUCAGAGACUUUUGAAUGCCCUGCGAACGGGCAACAUAUGGCUGGGCAUUAUCUCCAGCGCAGUUAAUUUGCUCAACCAAAUCCAUCAUCUAUCUGCUAGCCAAGCUCCAUCGAUGGCUUCCGAGGCACCAGACUGGCAGCUCAGCUUGCUGAAAGAUCUCACCGAGGAAAUUCUGUCUAGUGCCCAGAACUUUCAGGAUGAACACGCCCGACUGCAGUGCCUUUUAGGUGCAUACACUGAGAUAAUUGUGAUGCUGCCCUUGGAGGUGGACAACCGAAUUGUUACCAUUGUAUUUAAGUACCUACAAGAAUGCACCAAGCUCAGCGAAUCGGAAUUUGACUCGGAUAACGAGCGCAUGACCAACUGGAUGAUUGUGAUAGCAGGUCGAUUGUGCCUGAGGGAAACUCACUUGGCCAACAGUGUAUCCAAGAUUUACAAGACAAUUCUGACCAAAAACGAUAGACCCCAAAUCAUCAAUACCACUUUGAUAGCACUGAACGAUCUGGGGAAGAAACAUCCUUCUAUACUAGAAAGUAAUUUCCAGGUGAUUUUGUCGAAACUUCAUUCGAAGUUCGCCAUGACAAGAGUGCGCACCUUUCGGUGUGUCAAGGAUGUGAUUCUCUCCGGAAAUAUCAAGCUCAAGGGUCCGAUUCUCAUUUCCAUGCUGGCUGGUCUGAUGGACGAAAGUGCCGAGGUGGCCAGAGAGGCGGAUGCCUUUUUCAUUCGCUACAAAAGGUUGUACAACAAAUUGCUGUUUGAUCAUUGCCUCAAGGAGUGUCCCUUCGAUCUGAAUGAUCAGGCUAUAUUAAGAGGUGUCAGGACAUAUGGCAACUAUAAGUCGCCACUAAAGGGACCAGAAAAUGUAAAAAGUCGCCGGUUACUUUAUAAUCACAUUAUGUCAUCGGUGGAUGAGAACACGUUGCUGCUUUACUUUGGUCAACUAAAGCUGCUGGCGGAAAAAACCAGAGACUCUGCUUUUGUCAGUAAUCCAGGCGCAUUGAUCGUGGUUCAGGAUAUGCUUUUUAUUAUGCGACGCAUUUGUUUUCAAACCAAAAGCAGCGGCAAAGAGAAAAGUUCUCGAGGUGAAGGCGACAAUGACGAUGAAGGUGAGAAUGAGCCAAUGGAGGCGACUCCUCCUCCACCCAAACCUGCAUCUGGAGAGGCAGCAGCCAGGGGAAGGGGACGAAAGGCAGAGUCCUCGGAGGAACCUCUCAAGCAAUUGGAGCGUUGUCUCCGAUAUGUGGAAGAAACCCAUAGAAAUCUAAAGUCAGCUAUGACACCCGAACUCAGACACACUUUUGACAGCUUUUGUCGAGCUCUGGCGAUGAGAUUCCCCAACUACAUUGAAUUUGCACAGCCAGCACAGUUUUGGCAAAAGUAUCGCUCCACGAAAACUUCCAAAGGAGCCAAAAAGAAAAGAAGGCGCAUUGGCGGAGAUGCGGAUGAUGAUUCGGAGGAGGAUCAGCAAUCAGAAAGUGACAGUGAUAACGAAAUGCCACUGGAGAGGCACAAAUCAACGCCAGUUGGAUCCCGCCUGUCCCAGAGAAAAUCGAGCUGCGACAUGAUUGUCACGGAACUUAUUUUCCAACCACCCGAUUGGUAGACUUCGAAAUUUUUGAAUCUUGAUCUUAACUUAGCUGAAAAGUUAAAUAUAGCCUGAAUUACUUGCAUUUAGUUACUGAAAUUUUUUAUUAUUAUUAUUAUUUUUAUUUUUACAUUUUAGGUUUAAUUUUUGUGAUUAUUUGGAGGUAGAAUAAUACAAGUAAUUUUCUCGACAUACUGUACUAUAGUUUUAUAUAUUUUUGUACAAACUGUUUAUCUCACUAUUAAGUCCUUUAAAUAUUUUCUUAAAUAACUAAAAAAAUAAAAAAUAUUUAAAGAAA